UGUGCCACCACCAAAACAUUAGUCAGUUGCCACAUGUGAGUGAGGCCCUUUACUUGUGCCAUGUCAGUCACAUUUGGAAUAUACAUUGGCUGUAGCUCCUGUUGUAUUGCUGUUAAUAAGGAUGGGAAGUUUGAAGUGGUAGCCAACGCAGCCGGAGACAGAGUCACUCCUGCCGUUGUCGCGUUCCAUGAUGUAGAAGUGGUGACAGGAAUAUCAGCCAAGCAGGGAAUAAUUCGCCAUGGAACAAACACAGUGCAAAACGUGUUACGGGUAGUGGGUACGGUUGAGGAUGAGGGAAUGUGUCCAUCUAACUCUUCUUGUCCCCCUAACUGGGAGAAUGGUCAGGCACGCUACUCAGUGCAGCGAGGAGAGAAGAUGGUACAGGUGUCGGCGGAAGAAGUUCUCACUCACAUCUUUUCACUCCUGAAAGAAAUAGCCAGCGCCCACACCAGUGAACCAGAGCUGCCGCUGGUGAUCGCUGUGCCGGCCUGGAGCAGUGAAGGGACCAUCAUGGCUGUGAAGAAGGCUGCCAAGAAAGCCACGUUCACCGUUCUGGCCACAGUCUCCCAGCCAGCUGCUGCGGUCCUGGCCUACGCUCUCACAGACGAUAACAAACGCAAUAUGCAAGUUGUGGUCCUUCACUGUGGAGGUACGACCGUCGUUGGCUCGGUGGUAGAGGUCGCAGGAGGCCUGGUGACGGUGAAGGAAUCCAUCACGUCAUCAACUGUAGCAGGAGAUUCUCUCACGUCUGUGCUCGUCCAACAUUUUGCUAAGGAAUUUUACACGAAAUACAAAGGUGACCCCCUAGAGAAUAGACGCUCAAGAAGAAAACUGUAUAAUGCCGCCGAAAACUGUAAACACGUUCUCUCCACCAUGGGAACAGCUCAGGUUUAUGUGGAAUCCUUGUGGGAAGGAGUUGAUUUUUCCACAACACUCUCAAGAGCAAGAUUUGAUGGUAUAGUCACGGCGACACUGACGGCCUUCUUACAGUCAGCUAAGGAGGCUGUUCAGAGGUGCGGCCUCACCGAGAAUCAAAUACAGAAAGUUAUUCUGACUGGUGGGUCGGCCAAAAUCCCACGUUUACAGCAACUUGUGGGAGAUGCGUUUCCUCAAGCUGAGUUUUUAUGCUCGGUGCCCCCUGAUGAGGUGCUGGCUGCUGGUGCAUCAACAGAGGCAGCACUAUUGGUGGGUCAACCAAAACCUGCCUCCACCUCCUCCUCCAUGGUGCCAGCUCUCGCUACAUCUGUGUUCUGUAUGGUCUUAGGUAGUGAAAACAGUGAGUGUGUGUUCAGUAGGGGGACUCCCACCCACUCUCGCCAGAGCUUAAACCUGGCCCUCCCAUCCCCCAUCCCCACCAGCUGCUCUGUAGUUAUUUACGAAGCAGAGGAGGCAACAAAACAACCCCAAGAGGAGUCCAUUCUAGUUCAGGUGGAUGUCACAAGUCUGACCUCCGACUCAAAAUUACUCAAAGCAGAUUUCCAUUUAAAGAGUGAUGGCAGUCUCCAUGUAGCAUUACAAGAACCAGAGGCAAAAAUUAACCGGACAUUUAUCAUCGAGGCUGGGAGAAGUUGAGGCAGGUGGCCCUUAGUUCUUGAGUAAACAUAAAAUUCUUUCUAGUAAUCUAAUAAAUAGUUUACUUAUUAAAUUCAUUGUUUCAAUUAUAUCUUGACUGUACAGUAAUUUACUUAUGUAGUUUGAAUUCACAUAUACAGUAUAUAUACAGUAUUUUAUGUCUGUAAACAGAGGUUACAAACCUCUACCAUUAAUCUUCGCUGGGCACUUGGCAGCCAUUACGUUCCUCCUUAAAAGACAGGCACUGUACUACUAUAGCUGCCGGUGAUGUGUAAUAAACAACAAUUGCCACAUUUCAAGGGAAGAAAUUUUUGUGUAACCAUCAUCAGUUUAGGCUAAAAUAAAAAAAUAUUCAGAAGA